GGUUCUCCCUCACCACCGAGCUCCGCAACAAGUGCUCGGAGGGGAAACGGAGAAGCGGACAUCUGAAACAGGACAGACACGGCACCCAGCCCAGGUUGAUGUGCGCUUAGAGAUGCAAGCCUCGUUGUUAAUGCUCCUCUGCGGCCUGGCUGCUGCAGUUGGCCAGGAACCGGACCAAGCCCAGGGCUGUGCCUAUGGCAGCUGUUAUCCAGCAACUGGAGACUUGUUAGUUGGAAGGGAAAAAAACUUGAAGGCCUCUUCCACAUGUGGCAUGAGAAGAAAGGAGCCAUACUGCAUCGUCAGUCACUUGCAGGAUGAGAAGAAAUGUUUUGAAUGUGACUCCAGACGCCCAUACGACCCAGUCUACAAUACCAUCAAUCACCGGAUAGAAAACGUUAUCACCACAUUCAAACCACACCGCAAAAAGUCCUGGUGGCAGUCGGAGAAUGGAAAGUCAGAUGUUUUUAUUGAAUUGGAUCUCGAGGCAGAGUUUCAUUUCACUCAUCUGAUUAUGACAUUCAAGACUUUUCGCCCUGCAGCCAUGCUUAUUGAGCGAUCAGCGGAUUUUGGUCGAACCUGGCAGAUCUACCGCUACUUUGGUCAUGACUGUGCUGCUUCCUUCCCUGGAGUCUCCACGGGUCCGCUGCGUAACAUCAAUGAUGUAAUCUGUGAGUCACGUUAUUCUGACAUCGAGCCAUCUACAGAGGGCGAGGUCAUCUACAGAGUCUUGGAUCCAGCCAUCAGGAUUGAGGACCCAUACAGCCCCAACAUUCAGAACCAACUGAAGAUCACUAACUUGAGACUGAACUUCACCAAACUUCACACACUUGGAGACAACCUGCUGGACCCCAGAGCUGAAAUCAAAGAGAAAUACUACUACGCCAUAUAUGAACUUGUUGUACGUGGAAACUGUUUUUGCUAUGGCCACGCCUCAGAGUGUGCACCCAUUGAAGGCAUCAGGGAUGACAUAGAAGGAAUGGUUCAUGGCAGAUGUGUAUGUAACCAUAACACAAAAGGUUUGAACUGUGAGCAGUGUGGUGACUUCUACAAUGACCUGCCUUGGAGGCCAGCUGAGGGCCGCAACACACACGCUUGCAAGAAGUGUGAUUGCAAUGACCAUUCAAAUAAGUGCCACUUUGACAUGGCGGUCUAUUUGGCCAUGGGAAACACCAGUGGAGGAGUGUGCGAUGACUGUCAGCACAACACAAUGGGCCGUAACUGUGAGAUCUGCAAACCGUUCUACUACAAAGAUCCCACAAAGCACAUAAGGGACCCCCGGGUUUGCAUAGGUUGUGAUUGUGACCCAGAUGGUUCAGAGAAUGGAGGGUUGUGUGACGGCCACAGCGACCCGUCGCUCAGCAUGGUGGGAGGUCAGUGCCGCUGCAAGGCUAACGUUGAGGGGCCGCGCUGUGACAAGUGUAAGACAGGCUACUUUGGCCUGAGUGCCGACAACCCUGUGGGGUGCCAACCUUGUCGAUGUGACCACAGAGGAACUGUGUUGGGUAGCUCCAUGUGUGACGCAUUCAGUGGCGACUGCUUCUGCAAGCGACUUGUCAUAGGACGCAGCUGUGACCAGUGUCUGCCGGAACACUGGGGGCUGAGCCACGACCUAAACGGCUGCAGAGGCUGUGAGUGUGAUAUCGGAGGCGCGCUCGACAACCAAUGCUCCAUGGAUAGUGGUCAGUGUCGCUGCCGCAGUCACAUAACGGGACGGGAUUGUACUCAAGUGGAUUCUGGAUAUUUCUUUAUGGCUCUGGAUCACUUCCUUUAUGAGGCUGAAUUUGCUAAAAUGGGGCAGGGUUGUACCUUAGAAACCAGGGAACAUCAGGCCGGUCGCCCGGCCCAGUGGACAGAUAUUGGCUUCACUAAGGUUCCUCAAGGUGGCACUUUGGAGUUUCUGAUAAAUAACAUACCAUACUCCAUGGAAUAUGAUUUAGUCAUCCGCUACGAAUCCCAGAUGCCCCGGGACUGGGAGGAGGUGCAAGUAACUGUGAUCCGUCCAGGAUCGAUUCCCACCAGCAGCCCUUGUGGAAACACCAUCCCAGAUGACGACAGACUCACCGUCUCUCUGCCAGCUGGAGCCAGGUUUGUGGUUCUCCCUCAGCCAGUGUGUUUAGAGAAAGGUGUGACCUACACCCUUCGCUUGGAGUUCACACGCUAUCAAGAUGCUAACAGUAUCCUCAAUGGAGCAGACUACGCUGUCGUCCUUGUGGACUCUAUUGCCCUGAUGCCACGUCAUGCCUCCAUGGAGAUGUUUAACACUGGGGAUCUUGCCUCAAACGUCAGGAAGCAGACCUUCGAGCGGUACCGGUGCCAUGAGGGAGCAAGGAGUGUGAUCCGUCAACAGAUCAGUGAUAUCUGUGCUAAACUCAUCAGCAGCAUGUCAGCCAUUAUUAACGACGGAGCUCUGGCUUGUAACUGUGAUCCUCAGGGGUCCAUCAGCACCCUUUGUGAUGUCCGUGGGGGCCAGUGUCGCUGCAGGCCCAACAUAAUUGGUCGGGGCUGUGACAAGUGUGCACCGGGAACCUAUGGCUUUGGACCCUCAGGCUGCAUACUAUGCGAGUGCAGCUUGGAAGGGUCAGUGACCCGACUCUGUGACAAGUACACCGGGCAGUGCCAGUGCCGUCCCGGAGCGUACGGCCAGCGGUGCGACGGGUGUCAGGAGGGUCACUGGGGCUUUCCCAGCUGCCGACCCUGCCAGUGUAACGGACAUGCCAAUCACUGUGACCAGAGGACUGGAGUCUGCAUCAGCUGCAGGGACAACACUGGAGGAGACAAGUGUGACAGGUGUGCCAAUGGUUAUUAUGGGAACCCAAUUUUGGGCAUAUCACCUGGUGGUCAGUGUCGUCCAUGCCCAUGUCCAGAUGGACCCCACAGUGGACGCCACUUUGCUACAUCUUGUUACCAGGACAACCGCAACCGACAAAUUAUCUGCAACUGUAACCAAGGUUACACAGGUGCCCGGUGUGAGGAAUGCGCCCCGGGUUAUUAUGGCAAUCCCUCUCAGCCGGGGGGGCGCUGCCAGCCGUGCCAGUGCAACAACAACAUAGACAUGUCCGACAUGGACGCCUGUGACAGGCAGACUGGACAGUGCAGGAAGUGCCUUUACAACACAGAGGGCCCCAACUGUAGCAUCUGCAAGAGUGGAUAUUUUGGAGAUGCAUCUCGACGCAACUGCAGGAAGUGCACAUGCAACUUUUUGGGCACUGAGCGCAGUCAGUGCAUAGAGCGUGAGGACUGUGUGUGCCAGCGUGCCACGGGCCAGUGUCAGUGUCUGCCGAAUGUUGUAGGUCUGACGUGUGACCACUGCGCCCCCAACCACUGGAAUCUGGCCAGUGGGAAAGGCUGUGAACCAUGCAACUGUAAUCCCAACAACUCUGUCACAUCCUCCUGCAAUGAAUUUACAGGCCAGUGUCAAUGUCGGGAAGGUUUUGGAGGAAAGACCUGCACAGACUGUGAGGAGAACUUCUGGGGAGACCCCAGGACGCAGUGCAGAGCGUGUGACUGCGACUGGCGUGGGAUUGAGACUUCUCAGUGCAACCGGAUGACUGGCCACUGUGUCUGCCAGCAGGGGGUGUCAGGGGUUCGCUGUGACCAGUGUGCCAGAGGCUUUGCCGGCCAGUUUCCUAACUGCCAGCCCUGUCACCAGUGCUUCGGGGACUGGGAUCGCAUAGUGCAGGACUUGGCAGUUCGCACCAAGACCCUUGCAGAGCGGGCCCAUGAGAUUCAAACCACUGGGCUUAUUGGGCCCUAUGAGAAAACCUUCAAAGACCUGGAAGAGAAGCUGGCUCAAGCUCGUGCUAUUGUCAGUGCACGGAAUGCCACGACUACAGCUGUCUCUAUUCUGAUGGAGCUUAUUGAGGAUCUCAGGGCACAGAUUGGUGAGACAACAAAUGCCCUAAACUACAUGGAGGGAGAUUUAACAAUUAUACAGGACCAAAACUCUGAUGCAAGCAAGGAUCUGAAUGCUCUGGAGCGGGAGGCUCGAGAACUGAACUUGACGUCAGAGCAGCUACAAAAUCAACUGGAAAUCCUGAAAAAUUCAAACUUCUUAGGAGCGUACGACAGUAUCCGCAGCUCCUACAACAUGUCUCGAGAUGCUGAGCGGCGUGCCAAUGAAUCAACAACCACCAAACCCAGCGCAGUCAGUCAGUCUGCAGAUACCCGCCGCCGAACCGAGCGCCUCAUCAGCGCAAAGAAGGACGACUUCAAUCGGAGAAACGCAGCAAACAAGCGUGCGCUGGGAGACCUGAAGGCCAAAGCACAGGGGCUGGACAUGAAGAAGCUCAAUGAGAAGGUCUGCGGUUCUGUGGGUGAUGUUCCCUGCACAGACAGUCCCUGUGGGGGAGCUGGCUGCCGGGACGACGAAGGGAAUCGUCACUGCGGAGGCCUGAACUGUAACGGAGCUGUGGCUGCAGCUGACAAUGCUUUGGAAAGAGCCAAACAUGCAGAGAAGGAGCUGAACAAGGCUAUGGGGGAGAUGCAGGAACUCUUUACCAAGGUGGCAGAAGCUAAGGCCAAGGCAGAAGAGGCUAAGGGUAAAGCCCAAGCUGCUCUGGAUAAAGCCACUGCCACGAAGAACAAAGUGGAACGAUCCAACAAUAACCUCAGAGACCUCAUCAAACAGAUCAGGGACUUCCUCACUCAGGAAGGAGCAGACCCAGACAGCAUUGAGGCAGUGGCAAACCACGUGUUGGAGCUCUCCAUCCCUGCCUCACCCCACCAGAUCAGGCAUCUCGCUGAUGAAAUCAAGGAUCGGGUCCGCAGCCUUUCAAACGUGGAUUCCAUCCUGCAGCAGACACAGGAUGAUGUUCGAAAGGCGGAGAAACUGCUGCUGGAUGCCAAGAGGGCAAGGCAUCAUGCUGAGGGGGUAAAAGGCACAGCAGAGACAGUGAAACAGGCCUUGGUGGAUGCUAAGACUGCCCAGACUUCAGCUGAGAAGACCAUAGCGAGAGCCAAGGCUGACAUUAGAGAGACUGAGAACCGACUGGCACAGAUUGAGACAGAAGCAUCCAACAGUGAGAAGAACCUGGAUGAUGCCAUGGGUCGCCUCGGCACACUUGAACAGGAGAUCAACGUGCUGAAGACCAAACGAGCCAACAACAGCAUGGCGGCAGCCCGAGCUGAAGAGACAGCCACCAUGGCCCGAGACAAGGCAAAUGAAGCCAAGCAGAUUUUAGACGGCACGCUGACAGACAAGUUCAAUGAGGUGCAGCAACGAGUUGACACCAAGGCCAAGGCUGUGCGAGACGCCAAGAAAAAGGCAGAGAAUCUCCGAGACGAAGCGAAGGAGCUACUCAACGAUGCGCGGAAUAAGCUACAGAGACUAGCGGAGCUGGAGAAAAAUUAUGAGGAGAACCAAAGGAAGCUGGAGGGCAAAGUUCAGCAACUGGAUGGUUUGGAGGACAAGAUGAGGAGCAUCCUCAGUGACAUAAACAAGCAAAUCCAAAUCUACAACACGUGCCAGUAAAUCAGCUCAUCCAAAUCCACAAGGAAAGACAUUCGUUAAUGUUAUUCCAUUUUCCCCUUAGACAUAGAAACAUGAUUCUAGACUUUAAAGAGAAAAUGAAUCACUCUGUAAAUCAUUGUCAGUCUGGUGCGUCCAGUUAGUGUUCUUUUCCCAUUCAAGUGUUUGCUUAUUCCUUGUUACAAAAAACACAGCAAAAACUGGACUAAAGAUUGUCACUGAGCACAUAUUUAAUUUACAUUUAGUUUUGCAUGUUAUUUUUGCUUUUAAUUUGGAACACAACUUUGAAUGUAUGCAUUUAAGUUUUGAAAAACCAUUAUCCUGUGUUACAUUUUAAGUAGUUAAACUCAGACAGUACAAAAUAGUUCCUGGUAGAAAGCUUUAAAAGAAACUCAUUGCAGAGGCAUCAGUUCACAGAUGAUUUUAGAAAGCUCCAACAAUUGGUUUGAGUACAUUUACUUCAUCCCACAUCAAAACAUAAUUUGUUUUUAACAUAAUUACUGGUGGAACAAAUAUUGGUAUCCCCAACUAUUACCUUAAAAUAAAUAUACAAGAAGUAAGCCUUAUUUUUCUUUUUAAUUUUUAAGGUUAUCGGAGUUUCUAGGAACUUUAGAGCAAUAAUCCAGAACUUUCUCUUGCUGGAAGUGGACUUAUAUAUAGCUUGGCAGCACACAUAGGGAGCAGGAUGGUAAGAGAGGUAAAAAAACAAAAACAUCUCCAGUACCGCAGCAAAGAGUGCCAUCUUGGAAUCACCUGGGGCCUCAUGUCUGAAGUGUACUUAGGCACAAAAACCUUGCGUAAGUAUGUAAUGUCUUACACAAAACUCAGCAUCUACUAAAUCCACAUACAUUUUUGACCUGCUGUGAAACUACAGAGAAUUAAAAAUCACCUAAAUACACUGAAUUAUGACUCCAUUCAGCUUUAUGUCAUUCAUGGAGCAUCGAACCUGAUGUUUUUUCAUGAGUUUGAGCUUUUAUGGUUUAAACCUGAGCGAUCAAACUGAAUCACAUUUAGCCUCAUACAAUAAGGAAACACACUUCAAAAAAUGAUGGAAACAACCUCAAUCGGAUGGAAACUGUAAAACUUCCUAUGUUUUUGUCAACAGUAGAUGUAAUUGUGCAUCGGUCUGUGCGCUGAGGAGCACAAAAUGCUUGUGAAUCAUCUAAGGGGCACUUUUGUUCUCACUGAAAGAGAAAACUGUGUUAGAUCCGAAGAUUAAUUCCAAACAAGUCAGGUUUGAUGAUUCCUAAGGUCGAACAGCAGUAGACAAUCACCCAUGUCCAUAUAUAGGUGUGAAGGUUGCGUGUAAUUGUGGAACGAUGGCAGCUUUGGCUCAGUUGAAGGACAUCGCCAAUGGAAGAAGUCGGAGGGAGGUUUUUUUUUGAUCGUACCGAUCUGCUGGCACAUGACGAUGCAUGGUUUAUCAGCCACUUUAGAUUGUCCAGGGCAAUUAUUUUGAGUUGUGCACAGAGCAGGCCGCAGUGUUGCAGAGGGAAACCAGGAGGAACCAGUAGGUGCCAGUUUAAGUUCUCACUACGCUGCGGUCCUUUCACCCGGAGCUCAUGAUCAUGAACUCUUCCUAGCUGAAGAUUUUAAAUAAAAAUCUGGUGGACUCUACCAGUACACUGAAAAUGGGUCAGAGAAGGGGUCCCAACAAUUGUUCCACUGAGUGUUUUACUAAAUGAUUUAUUUCUUAACUUAGCAUUAUUCCCCUAAAAAAAUAAAUGCACUGAAAUUAAAGGUUGGAUUUGAAUCUUAUUUUGUAACAUGAUAUUAAGCUGCCGUUGAGGUGUAUUCUGAGCUGAGCUCAGCAACACGUUAUUGCUGCAGAAGGUCCAAUUUUUGUUUUUUUAUUUCAAACAAUCCAAAAAAAAAUAAUUUCUGCACAACACACUAAUUGUGAGAUGAAUAACUAGCAGCAUUCACUGAUGACAGGGAAAGUAAAUAAAAUGAUUGUUCAGUCAAAACUGCUCAUGGUGUGAUUUAGAGAUCUAAUUAUGGUCAUUUCUAUAAAAAUCUUAGGCAACAAACCGAUCAGCUUAAUAGCUUUCCAGUGAUAACUAACAGGAAUAAAAUACUCUAUAAGCAGAGUACAUAAUGUGGUCAACAUGUGUGACAUUAUUUAAAAAUAUCUGCAGAUGUAACAAACGUGUACAUUAGGUAAUACUUUAUAGAGUAUAAUAGAGUAUAUAACCUUUCAGUAUAAAGGUUAAAGCUGUUUCUAAAAUAGCCUAGAAUUAGAGAAAACCUCUUAGAGUCUAUCCUACUGUUAACCCUGUGCACCUUUAAGGUUGGGAGUAGAGGAGCAGCUUUCUCACAUACUGUAUGCUGUGAUGGAACAAGCUAGACCUGCUGUUACUGAUAUGUGAUACUGAAGUGAAAGUAAUUAAAUACUGGAUUUAAUUGUGCCUUAUGCUGUCAGUAUUGUGGACAUAUUUGCUUUGUGCAUGAGAGUUUGUGUUUUACAGAAUGUGAUCAAGCCAAAAAUCCUUUUUUACAUAUUUCAGCUGAGUAACAAUGACUGGUCAUUGCCAUGAAAAUACCAAAGGAACCUUGUUAAGUUUUGCAGUUUUCUGAAUAAACAUAAAAAUUAA